AUAAAGUAAAAUAAACUAAGAAAGUUUGGUCAUGAAGAGUAAAGGCAGAGAAGUAUUGGCCUGCUUUAUUCUGAAGAGCUUGCGAGAGAGGUGAGAAAGAAUCUAGGGAACUACAUAUAUAUAUACAUGUAUAUAAGAGUAAUUGAAGCUAUCUAAGUAGAGAAGCAAAUCUUUAGAGAACUUGUUUUGGGUAGGGGAGGAUUGCAACAACCUUGAAGCUAGUUCAAACUAGUGGAAGGUUGCUUGCAGCAAAGCUUACAGUUAACUAGAAAGAAAGAAAAGAAAAACUAGCAGCUUACUAAGAUCAAAUAUCAGACAAGAAGAAAGCUUUUGUUUAGUGCUACCUUAAUGGCUAGAGGAAAGGUUCAAAUGAAAAGAAUUGAAAAUCCAGUGCAUAGGCAGGUUACCUUCUGCAAGCGCCGAUCUGGCCUCCUUAAGAAGGCCAAGGAGCUUUCUGUGCUGUGUGAUGCUGAAAUUGGACUUUUCAUUUUCUCCGCCCAUGGGAAGCUCUAUGAUCUAGCCACCAAAGGAACUAUGUCGGGGCUUAUUGAGAGGUACAUGAAUGCUACAGGAGGUAAUUCGCUGCAGGCUGAGGAUAAAGCGAAAGAGACAAUGCAGCAGCCUCUAGAUGCAAAAGAGGAGAUCUCCAUGUUGAAGCAAGAGAUUGAGAUUCUCCAGAAAGGACUCAGGCACUUGCUUGGAGGAGGAGCUGCAGAAAUGACACUUGAUGAACUCCUGAUACUGGAAAAGAAUCUUGAAAUUUGGAUCUAUCAUAUACGCUCAACAAAGAUGGAGAUUAUGGCUAAAGAGAUCCAGCUGCUGAGGAAUAAGGAAGGAAUACUGAAAGCUGCAAAUCAAUAUCUCCAAGAUAAGAUAGAGGAGAAUGUUGACAUUACUAACUUUGCACCAAUGACUACUAACUUUCCAUAUCCACUAACUAUACAAAAUGAAAUAUUUCAGUUUUAGCCUUUUUAGUGCCAGUGUGAUCAUGGGUAUAUCCUUAUUAGUUAUUAUAAGAAAUAAUUAGUAAUAUAUUUGGGAGAGAUGAGUAUUUUAGCUUGAUGUACUCUUAUAAAAUUAAUUAACUAAGUUGCUUAUGAGAUAGAAAAAGGUGCUAAUAAGUAUUGUCCUUAAACAAGUACUAUCAUUUUGGUUUUUACUAAUAUGUUUAAUAUAUUUUAUGGUGUGCUUUGAUA